UGCCAUCGGUGGAAGAAGCCGUCAAAACAACAACAAAACUUACAAACAGUGGAUAUAUUUGGAACAAUUUACUUGCCACAUGUCCACAGAGAAUGGGAAUGUGCAUCAUAGUAAGCCAUCUAUUAGCAAAUAACAGCCAUUCAACAACAAAGCAGAAACAGUUGCGACGGUAAUAUCUGGAAACUUAUAGAACUGGGCGUCGGUGUGCACAAAGUAGGCAUUGCUAAAACUGUGUGCGGCACAAAAGCCAACAAUAGAAGUGGUCAACAUGAACGGCAGCUCUGCAGCAACUACACCAACGCUUCAUAAAUUGUCAUCAUUGAAGCCGGCUCGUGAUUUAACGUUAGGCGGACGUGGUGGUGGUGCCGCUGCCGCCAAUAAUGCAGCCAAAAAAGUAUUCACGCCCAACCUCAAUGUGGUGCGCAACAAGAACACCAACGUUAAAACAUCGAAAGACACCACAGCGCGUGGUGGUCGUGGAGGCGGUCGAGGUGCGCGUGGUGGACGUGGCGCUGGCAGUGGAUUGCGGGGCGGUCGGGGCGGAGCUGCUGGCGCUGCUAAUUCGUCCCUCAUACAAACUACCGGCGUUUUCUCAGAAGGUGCUGGUGCUGUUAAUAUACGCAAAACCAGCUCAGGAGGUUCAGGCUUUGGCAGUCGAACCAACGAUGAUUCAACCGCCUCACAAAUGCGUAGACCAACAAUUAUCAAAAGUGAACACUUGAAGAAAAUUGAUUUGAAAGCAGAUGAAGAGCAUGUACGUGAAUUACUGGGUGAUACGGACGAAGAUGAUUUCGGAGAUGAAAAGACUGAUUUAGAGCAGAUACCGGUCAAAUUAAAUGAGGUCAAGUGGAAAACCAUUAAAGCAGAAGUAAAGCUUGAGAAGUUAGAUGUUGGAAUGAACGGUGUAGCUGGAAAGAUCGAAAACUCCGAUUCUGCCGUCGCUAUUGCACAAACACUACAAUCGUUGGCUGUUAAGCAGCAUCAACGCACAAAUAGUGCCUUGGCACGGUAUCCUGCGUCCGUAGGUGAACUACUGGACUUGUCACAAUCUCAAUUGUUACUACUGCAGCUGCCAGAUGCACUACCAUGUGAAGGCGAUGUAGAGGAAGUAGCUGAUAAAACACUGCAGGAUAAAAAUGCAUCAGCGGAUACGCCAUCUACAUCACAAAAUCCACCCGCUUCGAAACCCCCUCCAAAACGUAUAUCUCUUAAAGAAAUGGAGGAAGGUAAAAUUGGCAAAUUGCUACGUUAUAAAUCGGGUAAAGUAAAACUCGUAUUCGGCAAUACAUAUUUCGAUCUGAAUAUGGGCAUGGAAACGGGUUUCCUACAGGACCUCAUGUCGAUCAAUACGAAUCGAGAAGAGCGUAGUGGUAACAUGAUUAAUCUGGGUCCCAUACAAGCCAAACUCACCGCCACACCCGACUGGGAACAUCUAAUGGAGCAGGAGGAACGGCGGCAGCGGCCAAAGCCAGCAUAGCAUCGCAAAUGCAUUAGUUUACGUUUAUAUAAAUUUAGUUAUGUAUUAUUUGUUGUUUUAAUUUAACAGCUACUUGUAGGUAACUAUAGUCAUAGUAAAAGCUUAACCGAAAUAGGCAUAUUCUGUGAAAUUAGGUAGCGUAGUGAAAGCGCAAAGAAUUUAGUAACAAUGCAUCCUACUUUUUGUAAUACAGUGUACACAUGAAGAAACUGAUAUCUAUAAAUGGAAAAUCCAUGUAAAUUGCUACUUUAAUUCAAUUAGGUUACAAGUUAAAGAAAAAAAUGGGGAAAUCAAAUUUAACUUGGGAGCAUAAGAACCGUUAAAUUGAAAAGAAAAAUAUGAAGUUUGUUAAUGAGUGCAUGUGCGACACAAAAUUCCUACAUAUAUUCAAUAAUUUUGUUGUGCGAAAAAAUUUAAAAUUUUCAAAUAAAAACAUGCAAAACAUUACCAAAUUUAUAUGUACAUACAUAAAUUGCAAACUUUUCAUUUCACUUUAUUAUUUUGCGCCAUUGACCUGCGAACGCAACACUCAAUAACGUUAAAAUAUGUAU